AUGGUAGGAGGCAUACCUGUCACUAAAUCAUUCGAUCCGAAUGUGAGUCACCCUUUCAUGUCCAACACGUUCAAAAGGAGGGACCCAAAUGUGCAUUUUUAUCUCCCAAUCGAGUGCCCGUCUCAUAAGAACUGCACGGAUGGAUCGUGUCCGCUUGCACAUACGAAGCUUGAGAUGAUGUUCCAUCCAAUAGUGUACAAGACCCGUAAAUGCAAGAUGUCGAUAGGCGGCCUUUGUAAAUUUUCAAGGCAGUGCACUUUUUACAACAACGAUUCCGAACGUAUGGCGGCCCAAUUGUUGUGGCUGGUUUGGGAGAAGACGUGGGACCUUUGGAGGACCAAUAUCGAGAUUGUGCUUGGUGCUCACAACAAACUGAACGGUCCAAUUACCAAAAAUCUGUCAAUGGUGAAAAACUACCGAGGUAACAUGAAGCAAUUUUUGAAUACCAUUAACGGCACCGACAAUGGAAAGGGUCUUUUGGAUGGUAGAUUGGAUUCCAUAUUACGUUCUCAAUUUUCUGCAUCCCACGGCAACAACGGUUCCGAGGGCGCCCUGAAUUUUUGA